AUGGGUUGUCCGCAUUGCAUGGAACACACUAAGGCUUUUACGUUGGAUAAAGGGAUGAAGAGCUCGUGGUUUGACUGUCACCGCAGAUUUCUACCAAGAAAUCAUACCUAUAGAAAAAACAAGACGGAUUUCAAAAAAGACGAAGUGGUAAGAGAUCAUCCUCCACCUCGAUUGUCACCAGGUGGUGUAUGGGAACAAGUUUGUGUACUUCCAAAAUUCACAGAUAUUGAGCAAGAUGAUAAUGAGGAUGAUAUAGAUGAAGAGCAUGAUGAUAAUGAGGAUGAUAUAGAUGAAGAGCAUGAUGAUAAUGAUAAUGAUAAUGAGAAUGAUAUAGAUGAAGAGCAUGAUGAUAAUGAUAAUGAUGUAAAAUGCGUCCCCGGUCUGAGAAGACUAAAGGUAGACGUCCGAGGGUAG